UCCAGCCCAGUAGGUGGCGGUAAUUCACCUUAUCGACAGAAGAAGAGGAAGAAGAAGAGGAACUCUUUUUAGCAUAACAACAACAUUUUUAGCAGCAUUAGCUCGCAAAAAAGCGAGGAGACUUUUUUCUUCUUAUUUGGGUCCUAUUAACAGGUACGCUGGAAUUUUCCGACACCCACUCGAACAUGUCCUAUGUCUUCAUCAACGACUCGUCGCAGACCAGCGUGCCUCUGCUGCAGUCGUGCAUCGAUGGAGACCUGCCCUUCGCCAAGAGGCUGCUAGAGACCGGAUGCGACCCCAACAUCCGCGAUAACCGGGGCCGCACCGGCCUCCACCUAGCCGCCGCCAGAGGGAACGUGGAAAUAUGCCGCCUUUUGCACAAGUUCGGGGCCGAUCUGCUGGCGACGGAUUAUCAGGGAAAUACGGCGCUGCACCUGUGCGGCCACGUGGAUACGAUACAGUUCCUGGUGUCCAACGGGCUGAAGAUCGACAUCUGUAACCACAACGGAUCGACUCCUCUGGUGCUGGCGAAGAGGCGCGGAGUCAACAAGGAUGCUAUUCGUCUGCUGGAGGGGCUGGAGGAGCAGGAGGUGAAAGGCUUCAACAGAGGAGCCCACUCCAAACUGGAGACCAUGCAGAUGGCUGACAGUGAGAGUGCAAUGGAGAGUCACUCCUUACUGAACCCGAACCUGCAGAGCACCGAGGGCGUCCUGUCCAGCUUCAGGACCACCUGGCAGGAGUUUGUGGAGGACCUGGGCUUUUGGAGGGUCCUGCUGCUGCUGGUGGUCAUCGCCCUCCUCUCCCUGGGCAUCGCCUACUACGUCAGUGGGGUCCUGCCUUUCUCCACCAGCCAGCUGGAGUUGGUGCACUGAGUAAAGGCUGGGAAGAAGGGAGGUGAAGAGGCAGUAAAAUAAAUGAAUGAAGGUCUGCGUUCAGCUUUGUGUGUAUAGAACAAAAACCUAGUUUUGGUUCUUUGUUGCCCACAUUUGAUCCUUUUUAUUGUGGUCUUAACAACAUCAUAUGAUACUGUUAGUAAAGAAACGCAAUUUAAAAAAUAUUAUAAAUAUUUUUAGGUGAUUAACGAGAGAGGACGGUGACUCAGAGACUUCAUGUGUGGCCUAACAACUUGACUCAUUGAUAAACUCAUUUGCUCUUCCUCACACUUCUCAUGUCAUCCCUGUUUGCUCUGUUACAAGCUGUAUAUUGCUGAUGUUUUGUAUCUUUUCAUUGUUUUCUCCUCACUUGUUAUUUAUUCAAAUGUUGUUGGUAUGAAUUUUUCCCUCGCUGUCUUUAUUUCACACAAAUACCUGCAGCCUUUCUGACUGGAAACAGUUUUGUCAGGAUAACAGAGCCGACUGCAGAGAAACACCUGGACUGAGUUUAGAUGAAGCUUCAGGUUUAACUGUGGGAUUAUGGCAGCAGAUUAAUGCUUCUUACUUUGUUGUAUAUUCAUUUGAUCUUAAUGUGCUUUUGUUAAAGGUUUUCAGUGUUUAUUCCAUCAAACAUUUGAAGUCAUUUAAUGUGCAAAAUGAAUAAAUUCAUGACUGUAAUCUUCAUCAGGUUAGAGCGUCACUUUGUUACCAACUCAAAACUUUAUUGGCACACAGCAGCUGAGCUGAGCUUUUUACAAAGAGCAAAGAAAACAGGAAAGACUGUAAAUCUGUGCAAACGGGCAGGAUUAGUAAUCGCUGUAAAUGAAUAUACAUGCAGAACAUGCUCUCACCAAUGGGGGAAAACCUUCAGGUGUUACUGAUCUUUGAUUAUUCAGCAUUUUAAUGAUCUGGGUGACGGUAAGAGAGAUGUUACAAAGAAAAACAAGCUUGAGAUUUUUAUUUGUACCGUAAAUUGUUGGAAGACCGCAAAUCAAGCCUUACUGGAAGCUUUUUCAGGUGUAAAACCGUACUUUCAUUCAGUGAUGUUGGUACAGUCAUUCGUAUCCACCUUUCUGGUCACACAUUUGCAAACUUCCAGUUACCCCGUACCCACUGCUGCAGAAGAGCUUUGAGACACACAGAACAAUAACAGUUUCACUGAGGAAGAAAGAUGGACCAUGUCACACUCUCACCCAUGGCUGCUUAUUGUCCUGUUUUUUAGUGACAUUUAGACCUUCCCCUGGAUGUGCCCUGUUAGAAAAGAGAAUAUCCUGUCAAAUUAAGGCUGAGACUCUUGUGUUAAAACCA